AUGAUGCUAGACGAGGUGCGGUCACCGUUCACCCCUCGGCGUGCUGACAGCCCCGUGGAUAACGAAGACGGUGAUACAAUCGUUUUAACUGCUGAUGAAGCCGUAUUUUUACAAGCAUCGUGGCAGAGAGCUUUGGCUACGAUUGAUGUUGGAGCAGAAGUCAUCAUACGUCUAUUGAAUGACAAACGAUCUUUGUUCAAAUCGCUAUUGGAAAGUCAUGCAGGACACAUCAAUUACUCUGGAAAUUUCACUGUAGAAGUGGUGAAUCGAGAUUUGAGAAGAGCUCGAGAAGUCGGACAAGGAGUGGUGAAAUUCUUCACGAAGGCACUGGAUUGUCUAGCUGAACCGGAUGCAUCGGAGAAGAUACGUCAGAUGAGCUACGAACUUGGAGUUCUACACUAUAAAAUGCGUGUAUGGUUUCAAGCUGAAAACUGGCUCUGCGUAAAGAAUAGUCUAUUGACGGUCAUUCUUGACUUGAAUCCCAUAAAAUUGAAUGGCUUGCGGUUUGGCUUUCACUCCCUCUGUUCUGGGAAGCAUAUCGAUAUUGAGCUAUUUGAGCCGACGGCUCAACGACGGAUAUGGACAAAAUUGCUACAGUUUGUUAUUAGAAACAUGAAAAAAGGCUUUUUGUCGGAAGCCUUGAGAAAGGACAAAAACGUAAAGGUUGACAGCCCUACCGGCCCUAAUAGCCCUACCUCAACUUCAAGCACCAGUCUGUAG